AACCAACCAUUUCCGCUUGCCUGGUGAUGUUCCCUUUUGGUGACAUUAACCUAAGUAGGCUGGCAAUAAAAUGCUGUUAACCUGUUGGAUUUCUACAAGGGUUUCUGUUAUUUCCUUCAAAGCUUCUAUCAAUAAGAUCCUUGGAUAUCUUCGUUCGGUCCUAAAGUCAACAAUGUAACAACUGAGGCCGGGCGACCGUGCAAAAACUAGUGAAUCGGAGCGCACCACCCACUCUCAGAAGAAGAAAAUCCGGCCCACCGUGACGUUCUUCGUACGUAUUAUCAACUGGAGCCGUUACCGUCGAAAAUGGAAUGAAAAACAAGCGACAGAAAAACGAAAUCAUGUUUGUGACAAAAUCGUAAUACGGCAAGUACCUAGUUGUGGUUCGGAUGCCUUGGAGGGAGAAAGUUCAUAGUUGAGUGUUGUGAUAAAUUGAGUCCUUUUCUGUUUUUAAAUUUGUUUUCCCCUUCUCCGAAUUCGAGAAGAGGGCGACCCCUCACUGGGGCUAGCGGGUAUUCGGUUGAAGAAUAAAAAGCGUGCGAAAUGAUAAAAUUUAUACAGCCGCUCCAAACGACGACGGCCGGCUGCUCUUGAAUAGUGCAGAGUGCGUACUAAUAAAAAGUGGGGCCGCGAAAAAAAAUUGGUCCAGAUUAAGGCGGGGAAGAUUCCGAUGAGCUUUAUCCUUGGGUAUUUCAGACAAGGCUGUGCAGUGUUGUAACUCGCUGGAACUUGAUCCUGCUGAAGAAUAAGCCGCUGCUUGUGACAGAAGCAUAGGUUUUUUUUGGGUUAAAAGUAUAUUUUGGGGUGGAAAAGUUUUCCACUGCUGAAUUGCUCUGGGUAUUGUGUGGGAGUGUUUGGCAUCCGUCAACUUCAGUUCCGCUGUUUCAUAUCGGCGGCACCAUGACCGUGAAAAUUUUCCGACGGGGGUCGGCCCGAUGUAUCGGACUGCUGUCGGCGUUUGUCACAAUUUUGCUAUGCCUGUACUACAUCUCGAUGGGACAGCCCUCGGCAAGUCCUGCCAGUUCCAGCUCAACGUUGCUGCACAAGGAAAGCUUGCACCAGAAACGGUUAAGUCACGAAUCAAGCCAUCACAGUUCAGCUGCAGCUGUAGCAUCCAGUAGUGGCAACAGCAACAAUCAGAAUGCAAAUCAAUCCUGGAACAGUUGGCUGCGGAACAAUCUGAAUUCGAUGGGCGGCAAGGAGGGAUUAGGCGAUUCGUUGCCGGAUGACGAUGGACGGGUGCCGGGAGAGCAGAUCCAGGGCCCACCUCCCCGGUUUAGCGCCAAGUGGGACGAAUGCGUGGCUCUAGAGGAAACUCCCACCGAAAUUACCACCGGCGAUGAAUAUGGAAAUUUUGACUUCCAGCCCGAAUGGAUGAAAACCAAAGAGUAUUGGGACAAGGAUUUCGAGACACGCUACGAGCAGCUACAGAAGGACCCGAAGCGGCCACCCUUAAAGAUCGUGGUGGUGCCGCACUCCCACAACGAUCCGGGCUGGCUGAAGACGUUCGUCAACUAUUUCCAGUCGGAUUCGCGACAAAUCCUGAACCUGGCCGUUACCAAGAUGCCGGAGUACAGCAACAUGUCGUUCAUCUGGAGCGAAAUCAGUUUCCUGCAGCUGUGGUGGGACCAGGCUCAUCCAACUAAGCAGCGGGUACUUAAAAAACUGGUUCAAUCGGGUCGUUUGGAAAUCACCACCGGUGGCUGGGUUAUGACGGACGAAGCCAAUGCUCAUCUGUACGCCAUGGUGGACCAACUUAUCGAAGGUCACCAAUGGGUAAAGACGAACCUUAACGUAACGCCGAAGAGUGGCUGGAGUAUUGAUCCAUUUGGGCAUGGAAGCACGGUUCCGUACUUGUUGGCAGCCAGUGGUUUCGAGGGAACGAUCAUUCAGCGGAUACACUACGCCUGGAAGCAGUGGUUUGCUCGGCAUCGGUACGGAGACUUUCUGUGGACACCGUACUGGAGGCACCCGUCGCAGAAACUGGACCGGCAGCACACCAUGCUGACGCACAACAUGCCCUUCGACAUCUACUCGAUCAAGCAUUCGUGUGGUCCGCAUCCGUUCAUUUGUUUGAACUUUGACUUCCGCAAAAUUCCGGGGGAGUAUACGGAGUACUCGAUAAAGGCUCAGUUCAUAACGCCAGAAAAUAUCGAAUCGAAGGCGGAUCUGCUGAUGGAACAGUAUUCGCGGACGGCUUCUCUUUUUCCUCAUAACGUGGCGCUGAUUCCGGUGGGCGAUGAUUUCCGGUACAACAAGGAAAAGGAAAUGGAACAGCAGUACACUAACUAUAAGAAAUUAAUCGAUUACAUCAAUGAAAAUAGGAACAAGUACAAUGCGGAAAUCAGUUUCGGAACCCCGAACGACUAUUUCAAUGCCAUUAAGGAGCGAUAUGACAAAUUUCCCACGCUGAAGGGGGACUUCUUUGUGUACGCGGACAUUUUUAACGAAGGGCGUCCAGCUUAUUGGUCUGGAUAUUUCACGACUCGACCGUACUAUAAGAUUCUGAGUCGGGAUCUGGAGCAUAAUUUGCGGGGCUUGGAGAUUUUGUUUACACUCGCGUUCAACAGAGCCCGGCAAGGGGAAAAUUCGAACGCUUUUAAAAUCUACGAGAAGAACUAUGAGAAGAUGAUUUUGGCCCGCAGGAAUUUGGGACUGUUCCAGCAUCACGACGCCAUAACGGGUACCUCGAAGGCCAACGUAAUGCGGGACUAUGCUCUGCGUCUUUUCGAGAGUAUUCAGGAUUCGGUCAAACUGCAGGAAAAGACCAUUGAGUUGUUGGUUCAGAAGAAACCUGGUGCGGAUCUGAACUUUUUGAUCGGAGAGUUGGAACGGGAUAACUUUGGCAAAAUUCCUCGAAAGACUCCGAUGAUUGUAACGGAAACGAGGAGUACCGACUUUGUAGUAUACAACUCGUUGGGUCAGGAGCGUUUGGAGGUUGUGUUGAUUAGGACGCUUACUCCUAGGGUUAAAAUUUUAGACCCUACCGGAAAGCCAAUGGAUAUCCAAAUCAACCCGGUUUGGAACAUUACAGAGUCUUCCUACGCCGCUAGGAAAAUUAUCCCUUCUGAGAAAGAGUAUGAGAUUAUGUUCGUGGCCAAGUUGGCCCCCUUGUCUCUGACAACUUUCACUGCAGCUUACGAUGACGGAUUUAAGCCGAAGAUGGCAACACUGUACUGUAACGAAUGCCAGGAUGAUAAGAAUGAGAUCUUCGAAGUGCGUAACAAACAACCGGGAGACAUUCAGUUGGAAAACUUCAAAAUGAGGCUGCUGUUUGAUGAACAGAGCGGUUUUCUGAAGUCGGUUACCAAGAAAAAUAUGGGUAAACAGAUUCAAUGUGCAAUCAAGUUUGCUGCUUACAAAAGUGCCCAGUUCCACUCUGGUGCAUAUCUAUUCAAAACGGAUCCGGAACAACGUAACUCGGAAAAAGAAGUACUAGAACAGUACAAUGACAUGACCAUACUGAUCACUUCCGGUCCACUGGCUAGUGACGUAACCGCAGUCUAUGGACCAUUCUUGGCACAUACGGUGAGAAUUUACAACACCAACACCGUAUUGGAUAACGGAAUUUACAUCGAGAACGAUAUAGACUUUGAAAUGCCACCGAAGAACCGAGAGACGGAACUUUUCAUGCGUUUUGUAACGGAUAUUGAAAAUGGAGGUAGUGAAAACCCUGAAUUCUACUCGGAUCUCAACGGUUUCCAGUACCAGAAACGUGUCAAGGUGCCAUCUAUUGGCAUUGAAGGAAACUACUUCCCAAUCACAAGUGGUGCCUUCAUUCAGGAUGAUAAAAUGCGACUAACUCUUCUGACGACUCAUGCCCAGGGUGCGGCUAGCUUGGAACCGGGCCAGCUGGAAGUAAUGCUGGACAGACGAACACUUUACGAUGAUUACCGAGGCAUGGGUGAGGGAGUCGUUGACAGUAGACUGACUAGACAUCGGUUUUGGAUGACGUUGGAAACAAUCGAAGCUGCCAAUGUAAUCUCAAAGGGCCCCCAACCGGAAGGCAAUUCGAAACCCGCCAAGUAUCAACUGCCCAGCAUUUUUGCCAACAGUCUAUCUAAUUGGCUCAACUAUCCGGCCAAUUUGUUCAUCGUUGAAAAGUACGACGAAAACAAUCAGAUCGAACUCAACCGAGCAGUUCAGCUGCUGCAGGUCCAUUUACCUUGCGACCUGCAUAUCCUGAACUUGCGGACGCUAACCGAGAGCAAUUUGCCUCUCUUCCCAUCCCACACAGCGCUGCUGGUGCUGCAGAGGCAAGGCUACAACUGCCGGAUAGGCGGCGAAGAAAUAGUAAAUUAUUUUUGUAACAGCAGUAGCAUUAGUAGUAGUAGUAAUAGCAACAUUCUAGUAGGUAAACACCCCAGACAGCUACAGCUCUUCUCUGGGGUUCAUGUCGAGCAAAUAGGAACGACUUCCCUGACCGGGUUGCAUUCCGGAAAUCCGAUCCGAUCUGUCGGAGACAUCUUUUUGGAACCGAUGGAGUUGCGCUCGUUCAACUUGACCUUUGUCAAGUAAAGUUCGGAUAUUCAGGUCAGUAGACCCCCACAAUAGCUCUCUUCCAAAAAUUUACAACAGGAAAUCCCACACUGGAGCCAGGCUACCCCGAAAGUGUUUGAUUCACCAUUGAUAAACAAAUGAAAACCGUAGCUAUAAAUCCGAGACACACAAACAAAUACCAUAGGUAGGCGGUUGCAAGUCACAAUUGAUCCAUGAUGAUUCGAAAAGCGGAAAUCGAUGACGUUGCUUAGCAAAACCACGUAGAAAAUGUGAAUAUAGAUUGUUUUAUGGCAGGGCGAGGAAUCGCGUAUGUCCGGAUGCGAACUAACAGAUGAUUUCCCGAAACAGAAAAAAAAACAAACUCAAGGCGACAGAGUUUCAUGAAGUGUUUAAGGACAAGAUGUCCCCCUUAUCUAACUGAAAAGAAGAAAAAGGAAAACUUUGAGCAAAGUAUUCGAAACACGGUAUAUAGCAAAACCAACGAUAUUAUGACCAUUCCACUUGCGUUGAACCAAAAAUUUUAACAUUUUUAACGGUAUUAAUAAGUUAAUUGUAAGUAGCCUAAUUGUUGAGAAAGUGCUCAGACGUAAAAAUGGAAAUUCUGAGUGACCUUCGAUUGUUUAAUUCAUUGAAAAAAUUUUAAACGAGCUUUGCGAUCGAACGUAUGAACUGAAUUACUUUCCAUUGUCUAAUUAUUCUGUUGUGUCACAUCUGUUAGAUCUGAGUUUUGCUCUUCUAUCUAUUUCUAAAUAUUUUUCCCAAUCCUUAGUCUGAUAGUCAAAUAGAUUUCAGAUUACAAAUCCAUAGAACAAAGAAUCUCAUAAAGGUUUUAACCAUUGCAGCUGAAUCUUCAACAAACUUCGUUAAGUUGUAAAUAUUGCUUAAGCAUGGAAUAGUUUGUCGCUAACUGAAUAUGUGAUUUUAGAUUAGAUGAGCUACACUUUUUUGUGCGAUUAUUUCUUCAUAUUAUAGAAUUUUUAAUCAUACACUUCUUUACUCUUGUAGUUUAUUCCGAUUGAAAAGUUUGUUAGCGUAUGGGGUGAUUUCUUUUUCUUUUACCGUCCACUAAGCAGAUUAUUUAUUGUAAUAAUUUAUCGUUGAGUACUAGUUCAAAUGGAUUUUCCGUUCAUUCUUACUUCUUCAUUUCAAUAGUCGCUCCCGAGUAUUGGAUUUUACGUUUUCAAAAAUAUAUUGGCCAAAGCAUCACAAAAAAUCUCUAGAAAUUUAGUUCCAACUCGUAUAUUGUAGGUACAUUAAACUGAUCAAAUUUCCGUUGAAUUCCUUUGAUUAGUAGACUAAUAUUAUCGAUUUUAGUUUUCUGAAUAACUUUUAUGACCGUAUGCAUCCCGAAUGAUAAGAGCCAGAACAAAAAAAACACCGUUUAGUUAUUUUGUGCAAUUACUUAUAUUUAUUCCAUGUCCAUGUUCCAUUUGAAGGGUCAAAAAAAUAACCGGGGCAUAAAAUUACAGGAACGACUCCGACGAAGUGCGGUGUACCGGUUUUCUGGUACAGUAUAGAAAAAUCAAAUUUAUCUUAUAAGAACAGGGAAGUGCAGCUGAAGGACAAAAAUAAUUAUAGGAAUGUGAAAUUGAGGCAAGAUGAGCAAAUUUCGUGUUGUUUGUGUAGUAAAUUCAGUUAAAAUGCUGUGAAUCGGACGGAUUUAACGUUUUCAGACGAAUGAAAUAUUGAAUAAGGAAAUCAUCAUUAAACGAAACCAAAAAUUGAAAACGGUCGGACUUCUGUACAAAUAAACAUUGGAGCGAACAGAUUGUUGAUUUUUUUUUCCUCGCGAGAAUGCAUGCCUAGAAUAAAAAUAUAGAUUGAACUUUUUCCUACUGAAACAUUAGGUUCUUUAUGUGAAUCGGGUAUCGUUAAAUCUUGAAAACGAAAACAAGUUUUCCAAUAUUUAACACCAACAAAAAGUGAAACUUCAAAAUUACCGUUUCAAAGCUAAUCUUUCCUCACCAUCUCUUUUGCGUUGAAGGUUUGCGCAUGCAACCCGUUCCAAAAUGUCUGAAAACUAUACAAUUGUAAGAGUAAAAUAAAUAAUCGGAUAUUUUAAACAA